UCUACAGCAACUACCACCUGUUAAGUUCAUGAAUCCAACCUCUCCUCCUUCUCCUAUAUAAACCCCAACCCACUUCUCAACUCUCACACAAUUCAGUCAUUCAUUCUCCAUCUCUGAGUGAACGAAAGAAAUUAUACUAAACUAAACACAAUGCCUUCUUCUUCAACUUGUGUUGUCUCCAAAUGCACCAUUUACCCAGAUCAAAAAUCAAGAAUCAAAAAGUUAAGGCUUUCUGUUUCUGAUCUUCCUAUGCUCUCUUGUCAAUAUAUUCAGAAAGGGGUUCUUCUCUCAAAUCCUCCUUACUCUGUAACCGAGUUUGUUUCUUUCUGUAAACAGUCCCUCUCCGCCACUCUUUCUCACUUCCCUGCUUUGGCCGGCCGUCUCAUUACCGACUCUGAAGGCCAUGUUAGUAUCAUCUGUAAUGACGCCGGAAUUGACUUCAUUGAAGCCAAAGCUACCUUUUUUAAUGUUUAUAAUCUUCUGUCUCCGCUCGAUGUUCCUGAUAGUUUUAAAGAGUUCUUUACUUUCGACAGAACGCUUAGUUACGCUGGCCACAACAAGCCGUUGGCUGCCGUUCAAGUGACAGAGCUGGCUGAUGGUGUUUUCAUUGGCUGCACUGUUAAUCAUGCUGUUACGGAUGGCACUUCGUUCUGGCAUUUCUUUAAUACAUUUGCUGAAAUUUGCAAAGGAGUGAAGAAAAUCUCGAAAUCUCCGGAUUUUUCUCGUGACACCGUGUUUGACUCACCGGCCGUUCUGAAAUUCGCAGCCGGUGGCCCCAAAGUUACUUUCGCUGGCGACAAGCCGUUGCGUGAGAGAAUUUUUAGUUUCAGCAGAGAAGCUAUUUUGAAACUGAAAUUCAGAGCCAAUAACGGAAUUUUGAAAACCAAAACGACCAAUUCCGCGAUUUUGGGGAAGCAAAGUAACGACAGUUGGUUAACCGCCGUUAACGGAGACAUAACGUCAGCUCUGGAAACUUUAUUGAAAAACAAUACAAACCGUACGGCGGAGAUUUCCUCAUUUCAGUCAUUAUGCGCGCAGCUGUGGAGGUCCGUCACACGUGCUAGGAAACUCGCGCCAACUAAAACGACGACGUUUCGCAUGGCCGUAAACUGUCGACGCAGGCUGGAGCCGAGACUUGACCCACACUACUUCGGCAACGCGAUACAGAGCAUCCCCACCGUCGCUCCAGCCGGCAAGCUCUUGUCAAGUGACCUCUCUUGGGGAGCCGAUAUGCUACACAAGAACGUGAUAGCUCACGACGACGCGACGGUACGGCGAGGCGUAGCGGAUUGGGAACGGGAGCCGAGACUUUUCCCGCUAGGGAACUUCGACGGUGCAUCAAUCACGAUGGGCAGCUCACCGAGAUUUCCGAUGUAUGAUAAUGAUUUCGGGUGGGGCCGACCAUUAGCGGUGAGAAGCGGCAGGGCGAAUAAAUUUGACGGAAAGAUCUCGGCGUUUCCCGGCAGAGAAGGAAACGGGAGCGUCGAUCUUGAGGUUGUGUUGGCCCCUGAAACCAUGUUUGGGCUUGAGAAUGAUUUGGAAUUUAUGCAGUAUGUUUCAUAAUGGAAUUUUUAUAAUUUUCUGAAAGCAAGCAAAUUUCAAGCCUUGAGCUUGAGCCUUGCUUUGUCUGUAAUCUUUAUCUUCUAUGAUUUUCAAUUGAAAGUUUCAAAUUUCUCAGAA